CAUGGUGGCCGGGACCCGCUGUCUUCUAGCGUUGCUGCUUCCCCAGGUCCUCCUGGGCGGCGCGGCCGGCCUCCUCCCGGAGCUGGGCCGCAGGAAGUUCGCGGCGGCGGCGGCGGCAGCGGCGGGUCGCCCCUCGUCCCAACCCUCGGAAGACAUCCUGAGCGAGUUCGAGCUGCGGUUGCUCAGCAUGUUCGGUCUGAAGCAGAGACCCACCCCCAGCAGGGACGCCGUGGUGCCCCCCUACAUGCUGGACCUGUACCGCCGGCACUCGGGCCAGCCCGGCGCUCCCGCCCCGGACCACCGACUGGAGCGGGCUGCCAGCCGCGCCAACACGGUGCGCAGCUUCCACCACGAAGAAUCUUUGGAAGACCUGCCAGAAACAAGUGGGAAAACAACUCGGAGAUUCUUCUUUAAUUUAACUUCUAUUCCCCCCGAGGAGUUGAUCACCUCGGCGGAGCUUCAGGUUUUCCGAGAACAGAUGCAGGACGCUUUGGGCAACAAUAACAGCUUCCAUCACCGAAUUAAUAUUUAUGAAAUUAUCAAACCCGCAACAGCCAACUCGAAAUUCCCCACCAGCAGACUGCUGGACACCAGGCUGGUCAAUGGGAACACCAGCCAAUGGGAAAGUUUUGACGUCACCCCCGCCGUGAUGCGCUGGACAGCUCAGGGACAGGCCAACCACGGCUUCGUGGUGGAAGUGACUCACUCGGAGGAGAAGCCAGGUGUCUCCAAGAGACACGUGAGGAUUAGCAGGUCUUUGCACCCAGACGGACACAGCUGGUCCCAGAUCCGGCCUCUGCUGGUAACUUUUGGCCAUGACGGGAAGGGACACCCUCUGCACAAAAGAGAAAAGCGUCAAGCAAAACAUAAGCAGCGGAAACGCCUCAAAUCGAGCUGUAAGAGACACCCUUUGUACGUGGACUUCAGCGACGUGGGGUGGAAUGACUGGAUCGUGGCCCCUCCGGGCUACCACGCCUUUUAUUGCCACGGGGAGUGUCCCUUUCCUCUCGCUGAUCACCUCAACUCCACCAAUCACGCCAUCGUGCAGACUUUGGUCAACUCCGUGAACUCCAAGAUUCCCAAGGCGUGUUGUGUCCCGACCGAACUCAGCCCCAUCUCCAUGCUGUACCUUGAUGAAAAUGAAAAGGUUGUAUUAAAGAACUAUCAGGACAUGGUUGUGGAGGGUUGUGGGUGUCGCUAGCACAGCAGGAUUUAAAUAAAUAAAUAUAUUAUAUA